UCAGUGUGAUACAAAAACACACGGAAAGAUGGUAGAGAUCCUUUUAAAUACUGCGACCAAGACAGCCAGGGUUCAGAAUGAGCGCCGAACUGUGCUGGUCAAUUGUUCGUAAGAACUCCUGUUACUUAGUCAAAAGUCUUGGUAAAACAUUAACCAAGGAGCCAAACAAUGUGACAAAAAUUAAUGCUUUCAAGUAUAAUGGGUAUGUGAACAGGAAGUCUGUUGGUGUUGAUGCUGCACCAGGUGGAAAAGGUGUUGUUUUAACUUUAAAGAAAACAAAAGGUCAGAAUCGUCCUUUAAAAGCCUUGAGCAAAUCCACAAUUCAAGGCAGUCGACAUGCUAUCAAGACUAUUAAAAAUACAUUGGCUGCCAAUGGUUACAGAAAAGAUUUGACUGAUCCGGCUAUCCGACGUGCUUGUGCUAUUAUCCGUAGCCAAAACACCGCAGUUGUGAAGAAGAGAAGAUCUCGCAGAAAGAAGAACUAAUUUUUUCCCGAAAGAACAACUACAUAUAUC